CACGGCAGCAGUGUGCACCGUGUAGCCACGACAGCAGUUUGCAGGUUGUGAGCAUUGAGCGACGAAGCGGAGUGACAUGGUUCGGCUGCGUUGUUUUCAGCCUGUGGUCGGCUUGAUCGUCAUUCUUCUCUUGUGUUGCAAUGGCUCGGCCAAGAAGUCCAAGCGCUGGACCUACCCAAGACCACAAUGGCCGGUGCCGGGGCAUCGUAUGGAUGCCGUGCCUUGCCGGUGGUUCCUUUGGGACGUUGCGUCUGCCGCACGGUUCUGCGAGUGCACCAGGCAUUUGGAGUCCGUCGCCGAUCAAACCUUGUGGGAAGACUCGCACGGACAACUCUGGCUGCGGGUACCGUUCUCCAGCCCUCUCCUGCGGCUCUUCCCGUGCCAGCAGCACAGCCUCACGCGCUGCGCCAAGUGCGGGCACGAAUACCGCGCCCACGUCGAGCACACCCUCAAGAGGCGCAAGGACGGGGAUUAUGACAAGUUCAUCCGGGACCACGCGCGGCGGGUCGGGGGAAGAGGGGCUCAGGACUACCGAGGGGGGUCCGUUUUUUCGGACCAAAAGAGGACCAGUCGGGAACGCGUGGACGCCAGCGUAGGAAGCCUGGGCAGCUCGAGCGGCAACGGCAACAACUCGGGCGCCAGCAACGCGAACGGCGGCACCAGCUCCGGCGGCAUCGGCAACGGUUCCGGUUGGAGAAGACGGCUGGCGGUGUUGGCGGAGGCGCAGCGGGCCGCCCUGCUGCAGACGUCUGGCAUCGCCGUCACCUCCGAGACGGCGCGGUCCGCGUUCAAGGCCGUGCACGACGAGAAGGUGAAGGCGGGAGCCGCCCAGGAAAAGCGGGAGAACAAGCGUCGCCGGCGCGGCGACGGCGGUGUUGCGACGGCAGCGGGGAAGAGGACGACCUCGCGUCGAGUCCGCGAGGACUUGGAUGCGGAGAGGUACGGGGAUGGUGGCGGUUUGUCGGACCGAGGGGGGGGAGCUCGAAGAGGCAGUUCCCGGAGUAGCCGCAACGGUGGCGGUGGCAGGGGAAGCAGUAGUCGCAGGAAGGGGGAGACCGAGGACGAGGUUGCGCUUCGGCACCUUCGUGCGUUUGAUCGAAUCGAGUACAUUUGAUGCGGCGCCUUUCGUGCGUUUGAUCGAACCAAGCGCGUUUGAUGCAGGCAGAGUAUAGGUACAACGUCUCGGGCGUUGUGUUUUUUUCCCGGCGUCGGGAGCGGCGAGCUCGCGGGAAGACAGGGAUGACCGCUAUAGGCUUCGUGGCUCCGGUUCCUACCGAUGCGGUUCGUGCGGAGCAUGUUGUUUGUUACCAAUUUCCGCUCGUUGUGGGUAUAAUUUCUUUAGAGCUUGCCCUUGCGGUAGAAUUCGACCCAUAGUGGAUGCAUUCUUUCGUUUCCGUCUUGAGUGCCCAUUCGUUUGGUGAGGUCCUUACCCGCUCCUUUUUUCUAAUGACAUUGAGCUUCAGGCUCUGGGUCCCAGGUUGAGUGCGUAUAUUGCGCGCUCAGUAGUAGAAGUCGCUCGCGGUUAUGUUGAUGAAGAUUCGAGCAGACAUCACUACCUGUGUACAGUUUUGUGGAGCCGGGUGUUUUUUGCCAGGAGCGCUGAUGUGCGACAGAAAUCGGACUUGAAUCUCACGCUUAUUGCAAGGACCAUGUACAGGUCAAUAUGGAAACGGGCCGCAGGGGAGACCCCUUAGUACACAGCCUUGAUUACGGAUGACGACUAUUCUUCGUACACAGCAUUAAUUUCGCGCUUACAACGGAGAUUAUCUUCCCUUCUUCCUUGUACGCAACUCUU